AUGGGUGUCAUCACAUACCGUGUCUACAUGAAAAAUGGGCGAAUUCAAACUUCCCGCAGAAAUGGAAUCGUGAAUCCAUUGCACACGCACAAUGGGAAUGUUCCAUCUGGCGGCAUAGGUGCAUUUUGGCCCAUUAUCAAAGCACUACAAAAGGCACAUGCCAAAAUUACCUCGGCAAUCAAAUGGGUGCAUGAGCGUGUAAGAUCACACGAAUACGAGCCUCCAUUGUUUUCGAUCAGCAUUUUAAGAGCCUCUCUCGUUUCCAACGGAAGGCCGGUGAUACAAAUUAACACCCCAGUCAAAGGCUUGAUCCUGAAAUUAUGCAAAAGUUCAUCCUAA